UACUUUAUAAUGAUUGAAAAUUAUAUUAUGUUUAUGUACACUACGAGGGACUGCGUGGAAAGUAACAUGGAGGGCUAUUGCGGAGGAGAAAACAUUUCACGCCUGCUACUUCUGAAAUAUUUGAUCAAAGGAGGAAUCUCAUCGAAUUGACUUUUGUAUCUGCUGCAUAAUCAAUUGGAUGCUUUGCAAAAUAAAGCGUUGCUCAGAUAACCAUUCAAUUUCACAGCACCUAGAGCUUCCUGAACACAUAACAAGCUCAUUUUGUUUACGAUGUUCUGUUGCGGCUCACAAUGGCGAUAGGAAUGCGCGUGUUAGAUCACCUCUUUAUUCCAUUGUUGCCACGCAUAAUUCCAAAGCAAGUGAACGUUUAUUUCGGUUUCUUUCCAUCGCUUAGAUGUUUUCGUACCUUUUGUACAGUUUUAUUGCUCAACUGUCUGUUUUCUAUUCAGCUUUUCACAACUUCUCAUUUGCUCAACAGGGCGCGAAAAUUCACAUUGUUUCUUCACUAUGCGGUCGAACAUAUGGCGUCAUUCUCCGCACCUCUUUUGUUCUCCUUUUGUCCUAAAGCCAUCGCGGCCUCUAUGAUGGUUUUCUUAUUCAAAAGUUUUGUGGGUCUCAUAAAACAAAGGACCGGACAGAUGUCUAGAACCUGUUAGAUGCUUCACGAACUAGAUUAAUCUUUCUUAGAUCCAGUGAGUCUCACAAAACCACUAUUCGACAGGUAAAUAUGGCGCUCGAAGAUGACGACUUGCACAAACCGAUUUCACGGCGGGGCCGACCGCUGUUGUACGGUGAAAAUGCUAAAGAAAGUCGUUAUAAGUCAUACAGGAGGCGAGACGAAACAAAGGUGUACCUUGCUCGCGCCUUCUUAGACUGGCAAAUACAGAAAGCGUGGAAGUACUCUAACUCACGAAACGGAGACUUUGCUCUGCACUUGCUCGAAGUUCACGCCUUAUUCUGCCGCUCUUGCCACGCUAAAACACCGCCCCCACAGUAUGACAAGGACCGACCCAUUCCCUAUACUGCACAGACUUAUUCUGAGUCAAGAUCCGAAUGCAGCGAUCAUGGUUGCGAACAAUGCCAUCAAGCUGAUACCGAUAGGAUUGACAAUGGCAGUAAGUCAAUGCGGGACAUACUGCCAACGGGGAGAUCGCAUGGAUGUGACAGAUACCACUCAGAUGGCGCUGUUUGGAAACCAAGUGGGCGAAGAGACGUUUGGAAAAGCAAGAGAAAGGAACGGACUCCCCAAAUAAGAAUAGGGCAUUGCUUUAGCCAAAGGCCUCUUGCAAAACAAACUAUGAUUGAUCUCGAUAGUACAUCCAUUGACAUUCAAAGACGACCGCCCAUCGUCGACAAAGACAUCUACAGAAAACCUGAUCAUCAAAUAGAAAUGUCUCCUCCGCCUGUUACUAUAUUCAAAACAGAACCAUAUUUAUCGGAUACAUCAAUGGAUGAGCAUUACUCUAGCAGUCCUUGUAUGGAUGCGUACAGAUCACCACAACGGACAGAGGGUCAUUCUGAAGAUGAACUUUGCAACGGGGAACAGGAAAUUCUCAAAGUUGAUCCAAAAACCCCACCACCUAUACACUCUCCACACAGUAACCCUGAUAAAUCGAUGUUGUGGAAUGAGCAGGAUAUCCAUUCCCCAAAUUCGGUAAUCAUAAAAGUUGAACCAAGGACACCGUCACCAAUUGAUGAAAUCGAGGCAAAUGUUCCAGAAGAUAGUAUGGGAUCACCUGACUCGACUAAAGCUGACUACACCGAUAUGGGCCAAGCAAGAGGCUUCGAUGAAUACAAACCAGAAGACCAACUGCCUCAAGCACUCCCAUUUCCGACAUGUCCUGCUCCCAGGUUUCCGUCAAUGCCACCAAGCAGAGAUAACAACAUACGCAUCCACCUUGAAAACAAAGAUCUUUGGUCCAAGUUUGAUUCACUAGGUACCGAAAUGAUUAUCACCAAAACUGGAAGGCGCAUGUUUCCCCCAAUGAGGCUGUGUGUGCAAGGUCUUGAACCACAGACCAAGUACUUUGUUCUCUUUGAUGUUAUCCCUCUUGAUGACAAUCGUUACAAGUACCAUAACAGUGAAUGGGUCGUAGCAGGCAAGGCAGAGCCAGGCUUGCCAAGUAGGCUGUACAUCCAUCCAGAUUCGCCAAGCACAGGAGCACAGUGGAUGAAGCAAGUGAUUGCCUUUCACAAAGUUAAGCUUACAAAUAGCACCAUGGAUAGUCAGGGACACAUCAUACUCAACUCGAUGCAUAGAUAUCAACCAAGAAUCCACUUCGUCAAAGCAAGCGACAUCUACACCCUGCGUUACCAACCUUUCUUCACUUUCAAUUUCCCAGAAACAAAGUUUAUUGCUGUUACUGCGUAUCAAAACGAAAAGGUCACUCAACUGAAGAUUGACAAUAACCCAUUUGCAAAAGGAUUCAGGGAAAAUGGUGCUGGAAGAAGAGAUAACUACCGAAAAAGACAGAGUGUUACCCAAGAUGGAGAUGACCAGUAUGAAGAAAGCACACUAGAUUUGCCUAUUCAAAGAAAAGCUGGAUCCCCAAACUUAUCUGAUGUCAGUUCAAGAAGUCCUAAAGCAAUAAAGUACGAUUUGGCUAAUGGGACUGCUACAGCAGUAAAAGAAGACCAGGAUGGAAAAGAAACACAGGGAUCGGAGGGUUUCUCGCCCCGAGAAGCCACAGCGUCCAAGGCCGCUUCCAGUUCAGUAAUCGAAGGCUCAAACUCGAAGUCACCAAGCACGUCUCCUUACCAACCUGUUCCUAGUGGCAUGUCGAGAAAUACCGAAUUUGCAAGUCCUGUUGAUAGUGACGAUCAAGUGCGACAGUUUGCACCAAUUUAUGGCGCAAUUCCUGUUGAACCAGGAUCAUAUUCCGGUGUCCCAUAUUCUGGUUCAAGAGAAACAUAUGAUAAUGUAGAAACAUCGUUCUCGGCAGCAGUAUCUCGACAAGGAUUGCCACAUGACGCAUACACGCAGAAUCUUGGCUGGUAUCACGCAGGACCUCCAGCCUAUAUGUAGCACGGAAUAAUUUUGCUUUAAUUUUGAAUUUUAAUUGGAAAAUAUUAUUAUUUCAUUUCUUUCUUCGUAGUGAAGCAGAGAAGCCCUCUAUAAAUAGAAUGUGAAAACGAUAUCUUGUCGUUGGCUGAGCUUAUGGUAGAAUUUUUUAGCUUUAGAUGAUCUUAGGCUAGGAGGGGUGGGGGAAGGCUUUGACAAAUUCGAAGGACGGCGCUGUGUUUUCAGGUACUGGAUAGCCAGUGAUAGGGUUUUAGUUGCCUUGUAGACUAGAUUUGUUUUCUAGAUCUUGCCUGUUAUAUUUGUCGAGUUUCUUGUAUAAUAAAUAUUUAUGGAAUGAUCUUAUGUCGCAUUGGUGAAUUAGUGGAGUCGUCGCAGAUUCUUUUUUUAAAUUUCUAGUGAUGUCUGUUAUUAUUGUUUUUAAUAGUGAAAAAGUUAGGCAAAUUUUCAAGGUGCAGUACUUUUGCUAACAGGUAAAUGGAAUAUUCGCACUUAAGGAAAGUAAAUAGACUCACUAAUUUUACAUGUAGAUGACCCGGAUGCUUUGUUAAGGUAAUAUUAAACACUACUUGCCCUUUAUCGAAAUUAUGGUACUUCGCUGAACGACUUCCAAAUGUGCAUCGCAUUCGAUGUAUAUAGGUCCUGAUUUGACUUGGUUCCGAAGGCACAAUUUAUUGAAUCUUGUUUUGGCCUGUGGUAGCAUGGACUAAGAUAUUCUCAAAUAUACACGCGCAAACAGCCCUAAACCAGAUCAGGUAAAGAAUAGGAAUUCAUUGGUGUCUGGUUUGAAUAGGAAUGCAUUUUCAUAUUCAAAUUUACAAUAUAGAAAUAUUUAGAUCCUUGCAAAAGAGUGUUGAAAAACCCACGUCUUGUCCCUCAAGGGGUUUGAAAGGAGCAUUCCUUUCCAAAAAUGGCUGCAUGAAACAUCCAGGUGUUGAUUGUACAAUCAAUCUUCUCUUUCUCACAGUGUUGAGUCAAUUUUUCAAUUUAAACAAUAGUUGUUAUGGGCCUUAAAUACUGAUAACUUUUUAAACAAGGUACCCUGAAUUCUUCAAAUUGGCCAAUGUAAUUGUCUUUCAAACGAUUGUUGUUAUACGAUACCGAGGGCAUAGGCUAGGGGAAGCAUGCAGGAAUACCACUAUGGCUACAUAUAAAACAGUAUUCGUUUCUUUGUAAUCUUUUGCGUUUCCCAACACAGCAACACUCAUUAACCGCCUCUUUAUAAACAUUUAUAGAUAUCUGUACCUUAAAAAUGUUGACAUGCAGAAACAAAUAACUCUUUCAAAAUGAAAUUUGUAAAUAUCAAUAUUUGUUGUCAAAAAUUUAGCCGUUCUUAAGGUUUUGGAUUGUACGAUCGUAUCUUAGCUUUAAACUGAUACUUCUUGUAGA